CUUCUUCUCUGUACACCUCUUGUCUUUUCCUUGUAGUUGUUUCGAGAUGGAUGGAAGCAUUGGAAAUGUUCCAAUAAUGAGUGAAUCAGACAGGAGAUACUUAUUUGAAAAAGCCAUGGAAGGAGAUUGGGAAGCAGUGGUGACGAUAUACGAGGACCAGCCCUGGGCCGGCAGGGAAGAGAUCACGAAAGGCAACACAGCACUCCAUAUAGCUGUCUUGGAUCGUCAAGAAAUCAUUGUUCAAAAACUAGUGCAGGUUAUUGGUAACCAAAAGGAUGUUCUCGACAUAAAAAAGGAGCAAGGGGAUACCCCUCUCCAUUUGGGAGUAGCAAUAGGAAAUGUUUCAAUGUGCUUACACAUUGCUUGCGGCCAUCCAUACCUCGUGGGUGUUUGCAACAAAGAACUCGAACCUCCUCUCUUCGUGGCUGCUCGCCAUGGUAAGAUUGGCGCUUUCUUUUGCCUCCUGGAUAUGUCUGGCAGCCGAGCCCAAUUUUAUGGGAAGCUUCGGAACAAAAAUGGUGAAACAAUUCUUCACUGUGCCAUCGCUGGAGGACACUCCAAAUUGGCAUAUCUAAUGGCUCAACAGUACGAAGAUCUUGUUAACACCAUCAGCGACAGGGGAGCCAGCCCUCUCCAUUUACUGGCAAAUAAGCAUACUGCAUUCAGAAGUGGAACUCACCAGAGUCCGGUUGACAAACUCAUUUAUCAUUGUAUACUUGUCCCUGAGGUCCACCGCCCACUUGGAGAUGACAAGAACUCUAAAAAACAAACACGUAUUGACUUAUUGCGAGUGCUUUGGAGCAAGAUUAAUGUAUUUACAGAUCCCAACUGGUCUCUACUGCCCAGGCUGGGUAAAGCCAGCGCUGAACCAAUAAUUGUAGCAGGUCAAGCUGCCCAAAAAUUGGAUGAUGAGCUUCUCUUGGAAACCAAGAUGAAAAUUGAAGGGAUGGGAGUACUGGAAAAACCAAUAUUGAUUACAGCAAAGAAUGGUACCAAAGAAAUGGUGGAGAGAAUCCUUGAUCUUUACCCCAUGGCAAUUCAUGACAUAGACUCCAACAAGAAGAAUAUAGUGCUAUUGGCGGUGGAGAAUAGGCACCCCCAUGUGUAUGAGCUCUUCCUGAAGAGAAAUAUUGUGAAAGAUAGUGUAUUUGGUGCAGUUGAUAAUAAAGGGAACAGUGCAUUGCAUCUGGCUGCCAUGUUUGCAGAUUAUCGGCCUUCGGUCCCUCCUGGUGUUGCAUUGCAAAUGCAAUGGGAAGUCAAAUGGCAUGAGUAUGUGAAGAAGUCCAUGCCAACAAAUUUCUUCCGUUUCCACAACAAUGAAAACGAGUCUGCAAAGCAGAUUUUCACCCGUGAACACAGAGAUCUGGUGCAAAAGGGUGGGCAAUGGCUAAAUAACACAGCCACCUCAUGCUCGUUGGUAGCAACACUCAUUGCAACAGUCGCCUUCGCCACAUCAACUGCUGUACCGGGCGGCACCAAGGAGGGGAGCGGAAAACCGAAUCUUGAGUAGCAGCUAGCAUUUGGUAUCUUUGCAAUUUCAUCACUCAUUGCUCUUUGCUCUUUGGUCACCUCCACUGUCACGUUUCUUGCAAUUCUCACAUCCAGGUACGAAGAAAAAGACUUUGGCAAAGAGUUGCCCAGAAAGCUUUUGGCUGGAUUAACUUCUCUUUUCAUAUCCAUAGCGGCGAUCUUGGUCUCUUUCUGCGCUGGCCACUUCUUUGUGCUCAAAGAUGAACUCAAAAUUGCAGCAUUCCCAGUAUAUGCAGUAACCUGCCCGCCAGCAACUUUUUUUGCUGUAGCCCAGUUUCCCCUGUAACUUGAUCUCAUAUGUGCUAUUUUUAGCAAUGUGCCACCGCCCGGUUUGGAGGACGAUGCCUGGCGUUCAUGAUUUUGCCUUCUCUUUUGUAGCUUCAGGGUGAAUUUUUAUUUAUUUCCUUCUGGAAAAGCCAACCUCCUUGGGGCCAGGCCAGGAGUUGAGUUUGUGGGUUAUCAUUUAUUCGUAUGUAUUUUAUUUAAUUAUGGCCAUUUUUGUUGGUGGUUUUAA